CAUUUCUAUAGCGUACACGUUCUUAACUCUCGCUUUUUAUUCACAGGGUUCCUAAGAAGUAGAAGAGAUAAGAAGAAAGAAAAAAAGAGCAAGAAGAAAAAAGAUGCUGAUUCAUCCAGCAAUAAAGAGGAAAAAUCAGACAAUGAGGUGAAUGAUGAUCCAGGGCCAAGAACAAGUGAAUUGAUAUCAACCUCCACAACACAAGGUGGCUCAGACAAAAUGACGGGAGCAUUGACAACAAGCGUCGACGAAGAGGGCUUUUCUGUGCGACCCCAGGAAGUCAAGACCCCGGCUGAGGAGACCAGUUUUGACUCUUCGUCUGACUCAGACUCUGAUGGAGAGUCAGACAAAAAGAUCCAUGUUGAGAUCAAGCCAAUUAGCAAUGGUAAUACCCCUAUAUCAGCCAGUGUAGAUGAACUAAGAGCUACAAUUGAAGGAAUGUCAUUAUCACCUAUGCCAUUUGCCUCGCCUCGUGUGCCUCCACGCCAGAUUUACGCGGAUGGAAAGAUCAAGAUCAGAUACUUAACAUUACAGAAGACAAGAAGAACAUCAACCGACACGCAAGACUCGUUUCCUAUGAAGCGUUCCAACAGCAUCACGCAUCAGCUGAGCAGUAACAAGACAAGUUCUGCAGACCUGUUAGGAUUAAAUCUUACCUUUGGUGGGAGCUCUGGGACCAGUGAUAGCAGUCCAAGAGGGGUUCUAGCAACUAGCACUGUAGGGGACACUGCUGUCAACAGACCCAUGUCCCCAGCAUCUAAUGCAUUAACAGGUCUUUCAUCACCAGCACCAUCGGUUAGCUCCAUAACAUCUCCUGUGCUGGCUCCUCCCCCCCGUGCUGAUAGAUAUGCUGAGCUGAGUGAAAUUCUUAACGAAGCUGAAGGGGACACUCCACCUGCCCUUCCUCCGAGAACGGGUGGAGGCUCAUCAAGUCGUGGAUCCACACCCACUCCAACUAUGGCAAUACCACGACCACCAUCAAGAAAAGCACUGGAGGGACCAUCUCCACGGGGACGUCAAAGUCCUGCAACAGUAUCCGGACUUUCUCGAGCAGAAUCGGUGUCAAGUUUAGAAUUCCGCACCUCCAGCAUGGUGGGAACAUCCCGUGGGCCAUCUCCCCUCACAAUUGGGUUAUCUGACACCAUUCCCAUUGCUGUUGCAUUCCAAGAGCUUUGCCAUGCCUAUUUUAGAGGCAGUGAUGAGUCUAAGUGUCAGGUGAAAGUCACAGGAGAAAUGAUGGUAUCCUUUCCAGCUGGUAUUGUUGGUGUCUUGGCCAAUAACCCAUCCCCUGCUCAGCUAUCAUUUAGGGUUAAUAACUUUGCCAGAGUUACAAAUGUCUUACCCAACAGACAACUUAUUACCGUUGAUACAGAACAGUCAACUGAGGAAUGUGGUGCAUUUGACUUCAACAUGCCUGCUCUCACUGCUCUACUUAGAAAGCAAGCAGAAAGUAACCCUUCAGCAUCCUAUUUUAAUGUGGACAUGAUCAAGUACCAGGUCAACAUUGGAAGUGGAGCUCAUUCAUCACCACUGCAGUUAGUGUCAUAUUGGAAGUGUGAAGACUCCCACACUGAUUUACGCAUAGACUACAAGUAUAACCCUCAUGCCAUUGCGUCACCAUCUCCAUUGCUCAAUCUGAACAUUAAGGUGCCGGUGGAUGGUGUAGUUGGGAAUAUGCAGUCAAAGCCUUCAGGACAGUGGCUGAAAGACGAGCAGAAAGCUAUGUGGAAGAUGACAGAAUUGUCCCAGCACUCGACAGGAGGAGGAGUAGGGUCUCUAAGAGCAAAGUUUGAGGUUGCAGCCGGCCCAUCCACACCGGCCACUGUGUCCGCUUAUUUCAACUGCGAAGGGACGACUGUAUCUGGGCUAGAAUUUAGUCUGUUUGGCUCAGGGUAUCGAGUUUCACUUAUUAAGAAGAGAUUUGUCUCAGGCAAAUACAUCUGUGAUGCAGAUGCUGUGUUAAGACUACGAUAUGGCUCGAUCCCUAGUUAGUAUUAUAAGAUAUAUAUAUAUAUAUAUAUAGAAAUUAAGUUUUAUUGAAUGAAAGAUUAUGAUAAAUGCAAGGAGUGUAAUGUACAGCAUUUGGUGACAUACCACACAUAGUAGAAAUAGCUAAAGUGGGACAGUAUCUCUGACUUUUAUGUGAUUAUGUGUCUUUUACAACACUCUGCCUCAUAUUCUUGUACUUUUCUCACCAAUUCAUUUCCUUCAGGUCACUCUAAAAUAUAAACAGUUACAGAAUAAUGGAACCCAGUAAAAAUAAAGCUUAGGAUAGCAGUAUAGAAAAGAAGUGCAUUCUUGAAAGUUAUGCCUACUCAUUUAUUUUGCAGAGGAAAUUUUUUUUUUUUUUCUUUUAUUCAUAUAUAAUUAUCAUUUUAUAAUUUUCCUUUUCUGAUGAUGAUUUCUUAGAAUAGCUUGUUUCUUACAAUGUCUCUAGUAAUCAGAAUUACAAAAAGGGUCAGCACGAUGAAAAUGUACCAAAGGUUGUUUGUGUGAGAUAAUACUGGUAACAUUGAAAUGAUUCCUAAAAGGGGUGCACAAUAGGAAGUAAUGAUGCCUGAGGUAAUGUCCAUGUUGAGGACCUUCUUAUAUACUCUGCUCAAGAAGCCCUUGGAUCUUCAUCGAGAGAAUAAUGAUCUCGUUUAGAUGAAGCGUGUUAUUUUCAGUGGAAGAGUUUAGUACAAUUUUUUUGAGCUUCAGAAGCUGAGUGUCUGUGGGUGGUUCAUCAGAGGGUUUUACUUUUUAUUGAACUUUUUUCUUGGUCUGCAAUAUAUAUUUUUUUGCAACUGUGGUAAUAUUCUGAAACUAUCUGGAAGCAUCUGGAAGUUCAAGAAUGAUCACUUUAUAUUUGCAUCAAGUUUCAACUUUGGGAUGUUGCAAUCCUUCAUUUUAUCUAGGUUGAGAGAACAUCAGUAGGACCUAGCUUUGUUGAAAUUGUAAAGUUAUCAAAGAAUAUCAAGUGGAACCCACUACUAUCAGUCUUUAAUGAAGGAGCUGACGUAUCGAAGGCUGAAUUCAUAGCGUGUGUAGUCAGGAGUUUGCUGAUCCCUUUUGUAUCAAACGUCUUACGAACGGACACAUUUGCGCACCCUUAGAGAGCGUCGUAGUCCUCUUUCUCUCGGAACGUCGUCGUUUCACCAGUUAUAAGAUGUGUUUAGAGAAAAAUUAUCCUCUUUAUCACCAUCUCUCUUUUGUCUGAAUGAUUAAUAACCACAUUCUUUUAUUAGUCUAUAUAUUAGUAACUUCGAAUAUUAGAGAUGACUAAUUUAAUGAAGAAAAUAAAAUGGAAGCACUGAGAGAAAUUUGCCCAUGCUGUUUCUGUUCUAUAAAUUUGCACCAUUUGUAUUUAACACUACAGUAAACUCUUGUAAAGGUUAAUCCUAUGACAAAAUAAUGAUUUUGUGUACAAGUUCAUUAUAUCUUAAGCAUCUUCUCCUUAUUCAUUAUUAUUGCAUCUCAUAACGUUUUUUGUUUUUUUUUUCCAAAUAUUGUCGUCAUGAGUAUCAAUCAGAGUCUUGUUAUGAUUUAUGAGGAUUAUUGUUAAUUAUGUGGUAAUGAUUAUGAUAAUGAUGAUGAUAAUGAUAAUUGUGAUGGUAGUUAUCAUUAUUACUGUUGUUAUUAUUAUUAUAAUUAUUAUUAUUAUUGUUAUUAUUAUUAUUAUUAUUAUUAUUAUUAUUAUUAUUA